AUGGGCAAUAAAAGACCUUUAGAAGAUUAAUUUUUGGAUGAAUCAUAAAUAGACCAAGACGACAGAAGUUCUAGCGAUUAAAACAAUAAAGCUGAGAUUUUUAAAAACUUUGAAUGUAAAUGUGGCAAAGUUUAUUGCUUACAAUCAUCCCUAUUCAAUCACAUAAAAAUAAAACAUGAUAAUAAUAAAUAAGAUUUUGUCGUACCAAGAGGUAUACCUACAGGAAGACCUAAAAAGUAAGAUUGCCAAAAUAAUGGAAUAAAGAAAUAUGAAUAAAUAAAAAAUUAAAAACCAAAGGAUGUAGAUUAAAAUACAUGGGAUAAAAUUCAAAUUUACAGAAAUCCUCUCUUCCAAAAUCUAAUCAUAGGAUUUAAAGAUAAAAUGAGAAGCGAUUUCAUUGAAAGUGAAGAAAUUAUGUAACAAAACUGGAGCGAAUAUGAAAAAAACAGGUAAAAACUCUUUAAAAUUAUAUAAUUCCCUGUAAGAGAUGUGAAAUAAAUAUGUAAUACAACUGACUCUAUACUUCAGGCAUGGGGAAUACUUCUAAGACCAGAUUAUUAAGUAGGCCUUUACCAAAUAUUUAUAUCUUAAUAUCUCUUAAAAUUUUAUGAUCUUCCAGAUUAAAAAAGAGAUCUUAUUAAAAGUCAGAUAUAAAAUAAUCCUAAUAAUCAACGAGCAUCUAAAAUUAUAAAAGAAAUACUAAAUUAAUAAUAUGAAAUUUAAUAAAAUGAUGAUAAAUAAUAAAAUGAAGAAUAGAAAUAAGAUGAUAAUGAGCCUGAGAAUCAAUAAAAUCUCUAAUAAGUACCUCAAAUUUAAGAUGAAAAAUAAUAUGAAAAACUUGAAGACCAUGUUUAAGAUAGUGAAGUAAAAUAUGAAGAUGAUAAAAUGGAAAAAUAAAACAUAGAAAACACAUAUGUCUUCGAUCCUAAUGAAAUUAUGCAAUAGAUUAAAAAUGACGAUUAGUCAUGUAAUAGAUAAGAUUUAUAAUAAAAUAUCAGCUAUUUAAAUAAUCAAGCUUUUAAUGUACCAUCCUUUAGAUUGAUUUAUGAUAUUUCAUAAAAAAGCUUUGCUCCAACUUUAUAGGAAAGUUCUUUAAUUAGUUAAUUCAUGAGAAUUAAUGGCAGAGAAUUUUUAGAUAAUGAUGAUGAGGAUUUUUAAUGA